GGCCACUUGACUUCCGCCCGACCAUGUCCAGGGACCCCAACUCGGGCUCGGCGGAGAUCACGUUCUCAGUCGAGUAUGCCGCAACGUCUCGGUCCGGGUGCAAAGGAUGUAAGGCCAAGAUCGAGGAGGAGACGCUGCGGUUUGGGAUCUGGCGGCCGUCGCGGCAGUUUGAUGGCAAGGAGGUGGCAUGGUACCACCAGGAGUGCUUCCGUAAGGUGACGGCGCCCGGCUCUAAGAGUCCUUGCUAUGGAACAGCUGACCUGGCGGGCGUCGCCACGCUGCGAUGGGACGACACAGUGGCUUUGUAUGUGGCGUACAACGAGAUCGUGCCGCCAGGGGCAAGCGCCGACUCGCCGCUGCCCACUCGCGAGCGGUUCGACAUCCAUCACUUUAAGCUCCACGAGCAGAGCCGCAUGUACUGGGCUCUGGCAGACACCAUGGACGAGGCAUGCACCAAGGCCGAGCUCAAGGCACUUGCCCGCGCCAACGACAUCGACGAGAGCCGCAGCCACGCACUCGCCAAGUGCGUGCUCUACGGUGUCCCGCCGCUCUGCCCCGACUGCGGCUCCAAGGCGCUGCGGUUCUCGCGGACGCGCCGUGUCUUUGUGUGCGGCGCGCCGACCCAGGGCGGCAAGUGCGGGUACACCGGGUUGCCCAUCGGCGUUCGCGAGUGGCUCUGGCCUGACGACGCGCCCGCCGCCCUCCAGACUCGCAGGUUCCAGGCGAGCCUAGCUGACGGCACCAUCGGAGCGCUGUUCAACGAGUUCGAGGCUGCGACGCGUGUCAUUCGUGAGGAGCGGAUCGCCACAAAGGCUGCUGCCGCUGCCGCUGCUGCUGCUGCCACCGCUGCUGCCAAGGCCGAGCGCGCCGCCUACUACGGUGGCAUCCUCCCGCUCACCGGCCUCGCGUUUGUCAUUGCUGGCAAGCCACCGUCCGGCAUCAAGACACUCACCGAUGUCAUCGUCGACCACGGUGGGCGUGUGACCAAGAGCGUGUCGUCCAAGACUCAAGCGGUCAUCGCUGGUCAUGCCGAGCUGCUCAAGCCGUCCAAAGAUCUAGCUCGGGCGUCUGAGCUGGGCACCCCGGUUGUCGACGAGUCGUACAUUGACGCCUGCAUCUUCGUAGAGGGUCCGAUGGAUCCAGAGCCGUACCUGCUCAAGCCCCCGUGCUCAUCCGCCGCCGCCACUGCGCCCGCUGGAGAUGCCACUCCCGCUGCCCGCGCCCGGGUCCACGCCAAGCUCAGCGCCCGCGAACGGGCCGGCCUCUAUGUUGUCCGUGACGCUUCGCUGCCUGGCGCGCCGUGGUGCGAUGUCGUCCUGCAGAAGACCGAGGUUGGGAGCGGAACGAACGCGUACUACCACCUGCAGCUCUUGUGUGGCGAGUCUGGCGUUCAUGCCGGCGUCCACAUGCUGUUCAUGGCCUGGGGCCGAGUCGGGACCAACGUCGGCUCGCAGUCACUUCUCCCCUGUGACAGUGCGCGGCCCGAGGCCAUUGCCACCUUUGCCGAGCGGUUCGAGGCCCGGACUGGCAACGUCUGGGCCGACGGCCUCGACUCGUUUGCGCUCCAGCCCGGCAAGUAUGCGCUCGUCCGCAUGGCCGGACCGUCGACUGAUGGGCCGCCGGCGCAGGACGUCUCCGUUGCCAGCGCUCCAAGGAGCUCGCUCUCCUCAAGCGCCGUCCUCGACCCGCGGGUAGCCGCCGCCGUGGCUGAGAUCUUUGCGCCCGAGGCCGUGGCCAAAACCCUCGCCGAACUGCACAUCGACACUCGCAAGAUGCCAAUCAAGUCGAUGUCGUCGGCACAGGUGCUCAAGGCGUACAAGGUGCUCGACGAGCUGGCCCAAGCGCUUGACGGUAGCGAGCCUCGCGGACGCUCCUCGCUCAACGCGUUCUCGCUUGCGCCGCGGAAGACUGCAGUGCCGACCGCCAAGCUCGAGCGGCUCUCGUCGCUCUUCUACACCAUCGUACCGCACGACUUUGGCAUGGACAUGCCGCCGGUCAUCUCUUCGACCGUAGCGCUCAAGGCCAAACUUGCCGAGCUGCAGGCGCUGCAGGCGAUUGUGACUCGCGCCGAGCUCGACGCCGCCCGUGAGCGUGCGGCUCGCGCCAGCGCACUCCCGCGCGCCGUCGCCCAGUACCUCUCGCUGCCGACCCGUCUUGUGCCGGUGCCCGAGAAUUCGGUCGAGGCGCGAGUUCUCUCCAAGGCCAUGUUUCCAGGCGGCGCCGUUGUGCCCGGCUGCGGCACCAUCCGGAUGAAGGGCGCAUUCAAGAUCCAAGGCGUGACCGAGCCGGCGCGCCCGGUCCGCUCGCGGCGGAUGUUGCUCUGGCAUGGAAGCCGCACCUCGAACGUGGUCGGCAUUCUUGCCGACGGUCGCCUCCGCAUCGCCCCGCCGCAGGCGCCGCACGCCGGUUACAACUUUGGCAAGGGUGUGUACGCGUCCGACGUCGCCGCCUAUGCCGCAUCUUACGCCAAGCUCGGUGCUGGCGAGCUCGGAUUUGUCUUUGGUGUUGAGCUCGAGCUCGGGGGCGCGCCGCUCGAAGCCCGGUCCUUUAGCGCUCACACAGUCGAUUCGCUUGCUGCUUCACGCCAUACCAGUGUCAUCGGCCGUGGAGGCCACGAGCCGACCACACGAGGCGAUGUCGCCACUGACUCGGGUGUGACAAUCCGCCUGGGCCCGGUUCGCCGUGUGGAUGCCUCGCGCGAGCUCGCCUGCAACGAGUACGUCGUCUACGCCGAGGCCGCCGCCGUUCUUCGAUACGUCAUCAUGGUCCGUGCCGAUUCGUGACGAGUCGUGCUGUUCGUAUGAAUCGUGAACGACACGUGUUGCAGUUGGCCAAAAAAAUGACACUUCAAGACACA